AUGAAGCUUCAUGUUGGUGACUCCGAGACAAACUUACAAAAUGUGAAUAUUAUUCGUUCUGCAAAGUCCAGCAGCAACUGGGAUGUCAAUGAGCUAAUCGCUUACAACAUAACCGUCACUGCUGUACUAUCACAGCAAUUCUUUCCCCAGGAGAUAGAUGUACCUCUAACCGCGGCAGGCCUUGAUCCCGCGCUUGCCACCGCCGACUCGGACGUGCGCCCUGACCCUGAUGUCUCGCGCAACACGUCUCUUUUUCUCCGGUAUCUUCAUGAUGCCACCACACCAGAUUUUUGGGUUCAGAAUGUUCGUGUGUCGAGCAUCAACGACUUCGCUUGUCAGCUUCUCAUUACAGUUGGCUUCACAAGGGGUCCGUAUUGCGUGUCAAGACGACGCUCGAUCCCAUUGUUGAUCUGUGAUUAUAACCGCAAAGUUGCGCAGAUAAGCGUAUGCUUGCGGGAUACGGAAUCAGACAUGCUACUUCUUCUACAAAUGGACAAGACGCAGAUAGGUAGCUCAAAUGUCGAAGCACGUAUGAUUCCAGGAGCCAUUGCGGCCUACCAGCUCAACAACAACAAGCGGCAAGAGAGGGGCCUGCACCCACUCGAUGUCAUGACUAUGCCUUGCAUCACCAUGAUUGGGACGCGCCCCACCUUCUACUUGGUGCCCGUCACCAAAGCGUUGAGCGAUGCAGUCAAUUCCUGUCAAUAUCCGUCAGCUAGGACUGAGGUGUUGAAAUGCGAGGUCGCCAGUGAUCACAAUGGAGGCAUGGAGGCACCGGAAUACAGGGGCAUCGCCUUGCAGUAUUAUGUUGCAUUCGAAUCCCUUGCGAAAAGCCACUGGGAGAAGUUUCUUCGUUAA